AUGGAGCAGCGGAGGGCAGUCUCUUCAUCUCAAUGUCUGCAGACCUUGCUGGCAGUGUCUACGACGUCUGCGGACGUUUCGCUCAGCCCAGCACAGCCCUCCCCCUCCCGCCAGCGACAGUACCUCAGCAUGGGAGCCCUCUUACCGCCCGACUCGCUGCCGGGCAUUCUCUCAAGCCCAGAUACAUCACACCUGGUACGUCGAGACACGGCGGUGUCGGUCGUGGAGAACUCCAAAGGACUCUGGUUCACAUUGGCAUGCCUGGCGGGCAUAGGACUGUGGAACGCUUGCGAGAUCGUGCUGGUCGUAUUAUGGACAUUUAAACGGCGCCGCACGCUAUAUUAUUGGAGCAUAAUCAUAGCCGCCUUCGGGGUCAUCAUAUGCUCAGUGGCGCAAGUUAUCGACUUCAGCCUCGGCAGCCAGAACAGCAUGUUUGUGGUGGUGUUGGGCUCAGCUGGCUGGAUUCCCAUGGUCAGUGGCCAGUCGCUGGUCCUGUACUCACGGCUCCACCUGCUUUGGGUCGACAACCGCAUCAUGACAUUCAUCCUGGCGAUGAUCAUUUUCAACGGCCUGACGAUGCACGGCGGUGCUUUCGCGAUCAACGUUUCAGCAAGGGCUAUACAGUCAAAGCCACUGAUAAGGGCAUAUGAUAUUAUGGAGAGGACGGAAGUGACCGUCUUUUUCUUGCAGGAGAUCACACUAUCCAUGCUCUACCUGUGGCGGUGUAGACACUUCUUGAAGCAAUAUGGACGCCGUAUGGAGUCUGAAGAUACCGCAGCGAUGAAGACCACGCUGAGAACGCUUAUCUUGGCCAACCUAGUGGUUCUCCUCCUGGAUACAAGCAUUCUGGUUCUGGAAUAUAUGGGCUACAAUUAUGUGCAGAUCAAAGUCAAGGAUUUCAUCUACAGCUUCAAGCUCAAGGUGGAGUUGAGCGCACUUAACAGUCUGCGAGAUUUCGUGCGACAAUUCAGAAUGCUAGAUUCUACUUUCCAAGCGAAACAGAAGAAGAAUGUCCAAGAAGGUAUCCAACGACAAUGGGAAUCGGCGCUUCAAAGAGCAUUCGGGACAGUAGGGCGCACGAGGCCAGGGGAGCCCGAAGAAGAGGUGCAUGUGGCAGAAGGUCGUCAAAUUCUGGUGCCGCGAGAUUUAUCGGCAACGACAGAGGGACGGUCCGGUGAAGUGCCAGUCGGCACAGAGAAUGAGAAGCUUGCCAAAGAUAGCAAGUAA